GGAGAACGCCCCCCCCCCCCCCCCCCCGCUCCGCGCGCCCUCACCGGGGGGGGCACGCGCCUCUCUCCCCCCCCCCCCCCCGGCAAACGUUCGCCGUCCCGGAGGCCCGGGGCUGAGGUGAGGUGAGGGGCCGGGCGGGCGGGAAUGCAGCCGCCGCCGGAGCCGAGCCCCCAGCGCAGAACGAAAAUGCCAGAAGCCUCAGAAGACCAUAAUCAUUGGAAGGCCUGUUGACUUCCAUUUUUUGGUAAUCUGGAACAUCAUCAAUCUGGCAUGGCGCAGGGCAGUCAACAACUCGAUGUGCAGGUACUCCAUGAUCUCCGACAACGUUUCCCUGAGAUACCUGAAGGGGUGGUAUCUCAGUGCAUGCUUCAGAACAACAACAACCUAGAUGCCUGUUGUCGAGCCCUUGCACAGGAGAGCAACAAAUACUUAUAUAUGGAGUACCAUAGCCCCGAUGACACCAGAAUGAAUAGAAAUAGCCUUUUGCACAUUAAUCUGGGUAUUCAUCCUCAUACCAGCUAUCAUGCAGGGGAUGGAGCUCAACUUAAUGGUGGUCGUACACUGGUACACAGUUCAAGUGAUGGACAUAUUGAUCCACAACGCACAGCAGGUAAACAGCUGAUAUGCUUAGUUCAAGAACCACAUUCUGCUCCCGCUGUUGUGGCAGCUUCUCCCAGUUACAAUCCAUUUUUCAUGAAUGACCAGAAUAGAAAUGCAGCUACUCCUCCUCCACAGCCACCUCCACAGCCAUCUUCCAUACAACCAGGAAUGAACACGUCUGCUAUGCAAGGCCCUCCUCCCACGUAUAUGCACAUACCUCGGUACAGUACAAAUCCCAUUACUGUUACAGUAUCACAAAACCUCCCCUCUGGACAGAGUGUACCCAGAGCUCUACAAAUUCUUCCACAGAUUCCAAGCAAUCUUUAUGGGACUCCUGGCUCUAUUUAUAUAAGACAAACAUCUCAAAGUUCUUCAGGACGACAGACUCCUCAGAAUACACAGUGGCAUUCAUCGCCACAGGGCCCAGUUCCACAUUAUACUCCCCGUCCUCUACCUGUGUAUCCACAUCAACAGAACUACCAACCUUCUCAGUAUUCUCCUAAACAACCCCAGAUCCCUCAGUCAGCUUUUCGAUCACCACCGGCAUCCCAGUGUCCCUCUCCCUUUGGCUCUCCUCAACACCAAGUUCAACCUCCUCAGCUGGGUCAUCAGAGUUCACAUGUUUUCAUGCCUCCUAGUCCUUCAACUGUCCCACCCCAUCCAUAUCAGCAAGCAUCCCAGACUUUUCAAAAACAAGGCGGUCACUCUGUAUCGUAUCUUCCUCCUUUUGCUGGACCUAGUUUAUCCAAAGGUUCCAUGAAUAAAAUAGAAAUUACAGUUGAGCCACCGCAAAGACCUGGGACUGCAAUGAACAGAAGUCCUUCACCAAUAAGUAAUCAACCAUCUCAACGAAACCAGCACUCGCUGUAUACAGCCACUACUCCUCCUUCAAGCUCUCCAUCAAGAGGUAUGUCGGGUCAACCCAAACCUCCAUUUAGUGUUAAUCCAGUAUAUAUUACCUACACUCAACCAACUGGACCUACAGGUGCACCAACACAGUCUCCUCGGGUAAUGGUAUCUCAGCCAAACCCAACCAUUUUUAAAAUCACAGUAGGUCGAGCACCGACUGAGAAUCUUUUAAAUUUAGUGGACCAAGAAGAGCGUUCUGCAGCACCAGAACCUAUUCAGCCUAUUUCUGUAAUCCCAGGAUCUGGAGGAGAAAAAGGAAGCCAUAAGUAUCAGAGAAGUUCUAGUUCUGGAUCAGACGACUAUGCUUACACUCAAGCCUUGCUGUUACAUCAACGAGCAAGGAUGGAGAGAUUAGCAAAGGAACUGAAGCUUGAGAAAGAAGAGCUCGAACGCCUGAAAGCUGAAGUCAAUGGUAUGGAGCAUGAUCUAAUGCAGAGGCGGCUUCGAAGAGUUAGCUGUACAACUGCAAUUCCAACACCUGAGGAAAUGACCAGAUUGAGAAGCGUCAACAGACAGCUCCAGAUAAAUGUUGACUGUACACUGAAAGAAGUUGAUCUCCUUCAAUCUAGAGGGAACUUUGAUCCGAAAGCCACAUGUAACUUCUAUGAUAACAUAGAGCCUGGUCCUGUUGUGCCACCAAAGCCAUAUAAAAAGGAGCAUCAAACCAGCUCCAAACAGACUCCACGGACUCAGCCAAGAGAUGAAGACUUUGAAGGGGCUCCAUGGAAUUGUGAUAGCUGCACCUUUCUAAAUCACCCAGCACUAAAUCGCUGUGAGCAGUGUGAAAUGCCACGAUACACCUGAAAAAUCAGGAAGGGGCUGCACUGGGUUGAAAACAGGCUCUCAAGCCAACAGCUGUAGGAGGAGGAAACAUGGGGAACCUUUCAGUCCAUCUGCCCAGCCUUUGCCAGUCAACAAUCUUCAUAUUGCAAGGGGUGGGAGUAAUGUGUUAAGAUGUUUCUGCUUGUGCUACACUAAAAAUAAAUAAAUUAAGGGUGAAAUUCUUUCUUAUCCCAUUGCAGUGAGCAAAGCAGAAAAUGAAACCUGAAAAUGUAAAAGGAUUAAUUUUGGGAAGAAUGUAUACAGGAGAGCAAGUAACUACUGGUGUUUAGUCCUGUGGUUAUAGUUACUGCUUAGUGGCUCUAAAAAAAAAAAAAAAAAAUAAAAUACUGGUUUUUUUUUUUAAAAAUAUAGGACUCUUAGUAAUGGUGUGAAAUGUUACACUUAACCAGGAAAACUGAAGAGCCAGAGCUGACUUAACCUGGCCACAGCUAGCUGGAAAACAAAGGCUCCCUGUGCUUCUAGAUUGUAAGCUACUGAAAAAGAAGACAGGUAAAUGCAAUGAUAAAUUUUGCAAUGUAUAAAAAACAAGGAGAAGGGUAUUUGUAAUUGCUGCUUUUUUUCAGGGUAACUUAUGUCUACAAAAAAAUUGCUGUUUGAAAUAGUAACCUAAGGUGACUAAAUGAGAUACCGUAUGAGUGUUACAGAGAGUUUAAUCAGAGGUAAUUUUUUUACAAUCCCUUUUGCUUGUACAGUGCUCACCUGGCUGUGUCAACACGGUAAUAAACUAAGAAUGAAUUCUGCCGUAUUACAGAUGAAAAUACUGCUGCAUGCUUUCAUUAGGCCAUUGUGUUUCAAAGCUAAAAGUAUGCUUUUAUAUACAACAAUCUUCUAAGCCUGUGCUGUGUAGCAGCACAGUGACGUAUGCCAAACACAGACUACUCCAAAUUCGGUUUGGAAGACUUGAGCUCAGCCAUGGUUGUGUAUGAGAAGAGUUUGUACCCAGUUCCUUAGGCCUUUUCAGCUUCCAAUUUGUGAAGAAUUCAUGAUGUUUACAGCACAGAAGGUACUUUGUGCCCCAGCUCAAAGUUAGCUGAAAAAUAAUUAAUCAGUUAGCUCUUCAGUAAAGGUUUAUUUGCACAUUGUUAAUAAACCAGCCUGUAUAAAAUAGCAGAUGCCAGAUCCUGAAAAAGUACACACUGCAUUUUUUUUAUUUUGGUCAGGAAAUAUUUGCCGUAGGUUGAAGAACACAAGACUUGCAACUGAAGAUCAUACUGGUACUUUUAUGCGUAUGAUAUACUGUAUUAUAAAGGUGAUGUUCAGUUUGUUUGGAUGCUUCAGGUUGCUGUAAUAAAGCACUCAAUACUAGUGAAAUCGAACUUGGGUUUGGGCAGCUGAAUGAUUAUGUUACACAACUGUGCGACUGAGUAGGAUGUUCCUGUGUACUGGUCAGAAGCUGAUACAGUGCAUUUCAGUUUUUGUGGUAUAACUUUGUCAAGAUUCAGAAACGCAACCAAGCACGUCAGCUGAGUUAUGGUAAUUGACUUUGCAACUGUGAGGCAAAAUGUGCUAGCUAAACCUUACCAGAAGAGAUUUAAACUACUUCAUUUUAAAUUGUUCUUAGCUCAUGGCAGCCACAUCCAUAUGGUCAAUUACCGCAAUUCACUUGAUGUGUGAUAACAUGUUAAACUGUGGUAGAACAAUCAUGUGUCUGAAUCCUUAUCUAAAAUAAAGCAGCGUUUGUAAGGGGUGGGUGGAGGAAAACUCAUCUUGUCUGCAUUGCUCAAUCUGGUGUCUUCUCUCCCUGCAGUUUAUAAAGAUAACAGUAAAAAUCAAACUGUGAUCUUAAAUGGGGAACCAAUAUUUUAUCUGGCAUUUUUCAAUAUGUUCUUGCACUAAUUAAAUCUUCAGCAUAAUUUUAAAUAAGCUAAGAGAUCUCCAGCAAUCAGUGUGUACCACUGAUGAGCAAAACAAAGUCAAAGGCAUCAGAGCUAGUUUUCCUUCCUUCCUUCCUUCCUUCCUUCCUUCCUUCCUUCCUUCCUUCCUUCCUUCCUUCCUUCCUUCCUUCCUUGUGAUUUAUAUUAUUAUGUGGGGAGCUCAUCACAUGUGGAAAAGGGGUAAAAAAAUUAGUGUCAAAUGAGGUUAGAAGGCAAAUAUUAAUUUUGUUCAUGUAAGUGGACAGUUUGACAAAACUGAGAUAACUGGAAAACAGAUGAGCAGAAGCAUUGUACCUAGGAUAAGCAGUACUGUUGCUGCUAUCAGCCGUAUAAUGAAUUACUCAAAACAAUACCAGUAACUUCAUGACUUUUCUGUCGUGAUGCCUUUGCCUUUGUAUUAUUUCAAUUUUCUGUUUAUUCGUACUUCUGCUGAAGUUCUAGAAGCAUUUGUUUUUGCUGGAAUUACAAAAUGAUAGCAACUGAAAUGACAGUCAGCAAAUGAGAGUAGGUGUGUCAUGCAUCAAUACAGUUGUGCCAUUUUCAGACAGAAUAGAUGCUACUUUUGAGGGGCGGGGGGGGGGGGGCAGGGAAUGCAUGCAGUCCAAUAAUUCCCUGAACCGUAAUAACCAUAAACGGAGACUUGCUAAUCUUAGUCAUAGCUUCACCAGAGGAAGUGAAGGAAGGCUGCCGUGACAGCAAGAUACUUUCUGGAAGACUGAGUGCCGUUAAAUUGCAAAUUAAUUCCUUUGUACCAAUAAUUUUACUCCAGUUUUUCAAUUACUCUCAUUUGUUGCUUGUACAAAAAAAAAACCCCAACCCUUCUGUUGUAUUCUUUUACGUGUAAAUGCUCAUACUCAAACAUUAAUAGUAAAGACUUUACAUGGUGCUUGAAUAUUUCUAGUUUGUUAGAAUGUAAAUUGUAUUUUGAAUAUUGGAAGAUCCAUUUUCCUUCUGAAAGCAGGUGACGCCCUUCACACCCCAACUGAAUUGUAAAUUAUGCCAAAAAGAUUGGUUGAUGUAAUAUUUAUUGAAUGCACAUAAAACCCUAAUGUCAGUUGGCAUACAAAAUGCACUGUAUUGUAUAAAACCUUUGUGUGUGCGUGUGUGUGCGUGAAUGGUGGGAUGCUGAUGCCAUUGUGUUGAGUUAAUGCACUACCUGUGUUUUCUUUUUUUUUUUUUCCUUAACAACUGAGCUUUCCCUCAACCAUGCUACUAGAGUGGUAGAGUUUGUAACUGACUUGGACAUUCAGAUAUCCAAAAUGAUUUCGCUGUUCAUUGAAAUUUUAUAAAGCUUAUUUUAUAUUUACUGUGCUAUUAAGAUGAAUUCCCUUUACUUAUAGAAUACUACUGUAGUUCUUUAAAAGUUUAUUUAGAGUGGGGCUUGUGGAAAAUGAUUCAGAAUAUAGUAAACCAAAAGAAAUCCUGAACUUUGGAUCUACUUUUAAUUUGAUGUAAUUAUUAGUCUUGUUUGGGUGAAGAGGAAAGGGGUGGGAAGUCAAGCAAAAGGAAGUACCUUGUAAAAUGUAGUCUUAGAUCAGAUUGAAUUGUGUAUCUGUGUGUCUGUGGUAUGUGUGUGUUUCCCUUGAAAAAUGGGAGGUGUGGUGAAAAGGUGUAAUAAUUCUUAAAAGAGCUGGUCUCAGUACUUUCUGAUUAUGAUAUACUACUAAAUCACAUUUUUUAAAAAAAAAAAACUUUUCUUUCAGUUACUUUAUCUGUCCCAGUUAUACAUCUCUCAUUUCAAUUUCUAAAUACCUUUACAUUUAAUACUGAUUGUAAAAACCCUUGAAAAUGAAAUAAAUAUACUUGAGUUGAAAUGGGGACAAAACAAAAUAAAAACAAUAAAGAAUGUUUUUUAAAAGAAUGUGAGAAUAUUAGAUAUGUUAAAAAGAAGCUUGUCAUCAGGAUGAUAGUUUUUGUUUUAAAAUUCAGUGGUAUACCCUAGAAUGUGAAAAUGACUAUCCUGAUGAGAAGCGGACAGUUGGACAUAAACAAUUCAUCAGCUUGUUUGGUACCACAGAAUUUACGUGCUCUGUACUACAGUGACUCUAAAUCCCGUAAAGAAAGAAGACAUGCACAGAUAUCACAUCUCAUAGUCAGUACUGUCUCUAUGUGCUGCUGCAUUUGUUUUGUUUCAAAAUGUCAAUAUUAUAUGAAGCUAGCCAUGACUGAAUUUUGCCAGAUUUCUUCAGUUUGGGGCUUUCAUUGCUGUUUAUGUCCAUAAAUAUUAAUGCGAAUAUUUUUCUUGGUUUUGAAUAAUCAGAAAUCAAUGGAGUUAAUGCAAUAUUAUAAUCCUGCAUUUUCAGUACCUUUGAAGCCGAUUUUAAAAAACUGUGUUCUUGAAACUUAUUUAUUUAUGGUGGCACCAGUGUAUCUAAUCCAUAUUUCCUGCUGUGUGAAACCCUGUUAAAUUUUUUCAUUAAAAAAAGAAGACACGAUCUUGUUUAAUCCUGUAUAUAUGGUGUCUACAUUCUAGAUUUGUGUAUGCUGUGAAUGAACUUAUUACUAAGAGAUGAAAUUGUAUAAAAGCAUUCAGAGGCUAUGCAUGCAUGGUACCUCCAGAAAGUGCUUACUCCGAAUUGCAGAUUCCUGCAAAAAUAAAUUAAUAAAACUAAGCAAACAUCA